AUGAAGGUACUCAAGAUCUUGUGGUCAGCAUUCCUUCUAGCGUCAUGUCUUGCGCUCAAUACCACUGAACCAAGGCAUACAAAUAACUGGGCGGUUUUGGUGUCAACCUCAAGAUUCUGGUUCAACUACAGGCAUAUGGCGAAUGUGCUGAGUAUGUACAGAACGGUCAAAAGACUCGGUAUUCCAGACUCGCAAAUCAUCUUGAUGCUUUCGGACGACAUAGCCUGCAAUCCGAGAAACGCUUUCCCAGGAUUUGUCUUCAAUAAUGCCGAUAGGCAGCUUGAGUUAUACGGGGAUAACAUUGAAGUCGACUACCGUGGAUACGAAGUGACGGUCGAGAACUUUAUUCGUCUUUUGACAGACAGAUGGCCAGACGAGCAGCCCAAAUCGAAAAGACUACUCACCGAUGAACAUUCCAACAUUUUCAUCUACAUGACCGGCCAUGGUGGAGAUGAGUUUUUGAAAUUCCAAGACGCGGAGGAGAUCUCUUCUUAUGAUAUUGCAGAUGCCUUUGAAGAAAUGCACGAGAAGAAGCGCUACAACGAAAUUUUCUUCAUGAUAGAUACUUGUCAGGCUAACACCAUGUACAGCAAGUUUUACUCACCAAAUAUUCUGGCUGUUGGUUCAUCUGAUUUACACGAGAGUUCAUAUUCUCACCAUUCAGAUACGGAAAUCGGGGUGGCUGUCAUUGAUCGAUUCACAUAUUUCAACCUAGAAUUCCUGGAAAAGCUGGAGAAAGACAGUAAAUUAACAUUACAGGAUCUGGUGGACUCGUACACUUUCGAGAAAAUACACUCCAAUGCUGGUGUUCGCACAGAUCUAUUCCAAAGGAAUCUCUCUGAUGUGCUAAUCACAGAUUUCUUUGGAAACGUCCAGCAGACCGUUGUUGACAACGUGGAGGAUGAUUUGCUGUAUUUGACGAAUCACGAUGAACAAGGAUUCCUUAAAAAUUUAUCCACCCCCAAAAUGUUAGAUGUCGAAGAGCAAAGAAAACCCAGCUUUUUCAAUCAAAACAAGAGUAUGAUUACUCUCGGAGCAUGCGAGAGCAAACAGAUUUCGUCUACAAAACUUCUCACUAUUGGAUCGGUUAUUGCCGCCUUGUUCUUCUUUGCCAACUACGUCAAAAUUUAA